UAUAAAUAUCCACGCCGGAAGUGGUACGUUCUCUUCUAUGCAACCCAAAAUGGCGGAUCAGGGCGAGAAGAAGGACAACCCCAUGCGGGAGCUGCGUAUCCGCAAGCUGUGCCUGAACAUCUGCGUGGGUGAGAGCGGAGAUCGGCUGACCCGGGCCGCCAAGGUGCUGGAGCAGCUCACCGGCCAGACACCUGUCUUCUCCAAAGCGCGCUACACUGUGAGGUCCUUCGGGAUCCGCAGGAAUGAGAAGAUCGCUGUGCACUGCACUGUCCGGGGUGCCAAGGCUGAUGAGAUCCUGGAGAAGGGACUGAAGGUGCGGGAAUACGAGUUGAGGAAGAACAACUUCUCAGACACCGGCAACUUUGGCUUUGGUAUCCAGGAGCACAUUGACCUGGGGAUCAAGUACGAUCCCAGCAUUGGCAUCUAUGGCCUCGACUUCUAUGUGGUCUUGGGCCGACCCGGUUUCAGUAUCGCAGAUAAGAAACAGAAAACGGGUCGCAUUGGGUUCCGGCACAGGAUCCGCAAGGAGGAGGCCAUGCGCUGGUUCCAGCAGAAGUUCGAUGGCAUCAUCCUCCCUGGAAAGUAAUAGGGCAUUUUUGAAAUUGUUUGUAAAAAUAUGUAUAAAUAAAAGUGUAAAA